GUUCCUCCGGGCAACUGGCUGGUCGGCCCGGGCUGCGCAGGCGCCAAGGCCGAAGCGACUGGGGGCAGUCGGCCCCUGGUUUCCCUGGAGACGGGGCGGAAGCGGCCGGAAACUGCGCUGUCGUUGGCCGCGGCAGGAUGGAGAAGCUGGGGGUGGAGCCCGAGGAGGAAGCCGGCCGCGACGAGGAAGAGGACGCGGCUAAGGCCAUGGACCGGGCGGAGGCGGGGGAGGCAGGCUGCUCGCGCGAUGCGCCGGUGCCUGAGGAGCCCGGCGGCGUCCCUUGGUUGGUGCCAGGAGGAGGUUCUUCAUCCAGAGUCAUAGUGCAUGUGGAUCUGGAUUGCUUUUAUGCACAAGUAGAAAUGAUAUCAAAUCCGGAACUGAAGGGUAAACCUUUAGGGGUUCAACAGAAAUAUUUGGUGGUUACCUGCAACUAUGAAGCUAGGAAACUUGGAGUUAAGAAACUUAUGACUGUCAGAGAUGCAAAAGAAAAAUGUCCACAGCUGGUAUUAGUUAAUGGAGAAGACUUGACACGUUACAGAGAGAUGUCAUAUAAGGUUACAGAGUUGUUGGAAGAAUUUAGUCCAGUUGUUGAGAGACUGGGAUUUGAUGAAAACUUUGUGGAUCUAACAGAGAUGGUUGAGAAGAGACGACAGCAGCUUCAAAGUGGUGAACUUUCAGCACUGACUGUGUGGGGUCAUGUAUAUAAUGACCAGUAUGUAAACCUGCAUGACAUCUUGCACGUCAGACUCCUUAUUGGAUCUCAGAUUGCAGCAGAGAUGCGGGAAGCCAUGUAUAAUCAACUGGGUCUCACUGGCUGUGCUGGAGUGGCUUCUAAUAAAUUAUUGGCAAAAUUAGUUUCUGGUGUUUUUAAACCAAAUCAACAAACAGUCUUACUACCUGAAAGUUCUCAAGUUCUCAUUCAGAGCUUGAACCAUGUAAAGGAAAUGCCUGGUAUUGGCUAUAAAACUACCAAACGUCUUGAAGCUCUGGGUAUCAGAAGUGUGCAUGAUCUCCAAACCUUUUCAUCCAAAAUACUAGAAAAGGAAUUAGGAAUUUCAGUUGCACAGCGUAUUCAGAAGCUCAGUUUUGGAGAGGAUAACUCUCCUGUGACACCCUCAGGACCACCUCAGUCCUUUAGUGAAGAGGAUUCAUUUAAAAAAUGUUCAUCGGAAGUUGAAGCUAAAAAUAAGAUUGAAGAACUACUUGCCAGUCUUUUGCACAGAGUAUGCCAAGAUGGAAGGAAGCCACAUACAAUAAGAUUAAUAAUCCGUCGGUAUUCACCUGAGAAUCACUGUAGCCGUGAGAGUCGUCAGUGCCCUAUUCCAUCGCAUGUAAUUCAGAAGUUAGGGACAGGAAAUUAUGAUGUGAUGACUCCAAUGGUUGAUAUACUUAUGAAACUUUUUCGAAAUAUGGUGAAUGUGAAGAUGCCAUUUCAUCUUACCCUUUUAAGUGUGUGCCUCUGCAACCUUAAAGCAUUAACUACUGCUAAGAAAGGGACUAUUGAUUAUUAUUUAACACCAUCAUUAUCGACAACUUCCCGCUCUGGCAAGCGCAGUUUUAAAAUGAAAGACACUCAUGUGGAAGAUUUUUCCAAAGACAAAGAAACAAGUUGGGAUUUUCUACCAUCUGGAAGAAUUGAAAGUACAAGAACUGGGGAAGCUCCAGUAGAUACUACACAUUUUUCUAAAGAAAAAGACACUGAUGAAUUCCCACUCUGGUCACUUUCUGAAGGUAUUGACCAAGAAGUCUUUAAGGAACUUCCAGUAGAUAUUCAAGAAGAAAUCCUUUCUGGAAAAUCUGGAGAAAAACUUGAAGGCAAAGAAAGUUUGAGUUGUCCAUUACAUGCUUCUAGAGGAGUAUUAUCUUUCUUUUCUACAAAACAAAUGAAAGAUAGUCCCUUAAAUCCUAAAGAUCAUUUAUCCAGUAGCAAACAGAUAUCUUCUUCCUGUGAACCAGGAACAUCAGGUUUAAGUAGCAGUAGUUGCUCUUCUCCGUCUAGCCAAAAGGAUUAUUCACAUUAUUUAGACAGUAGAUUAAAAGAUGAACAAGUGAGUCAAGGACCUAAAGAAUCUCAAGGAUUUCACUUUUCACAUACAAACCCCGCUGUAUCUAUUUUCCAUUCAUUUCCAAAUUUGCAGAGUGAGCAACUUUUCUCCACAAACCGCACUACAGAUAGCCAUAAGGAACCACUAGCAACAGUCUCUCAUCAUGAAGGACUUCCAGAAAAUAGAGAGCAAGAUUCUACUGAUGAGAAAAUUACCUUUCCUUCUGACAUUGAUCCUGAAGUUUUCUAUGAACUACCAGAAGAGGUACAAAAAGAGCUGUUGGCACACUGGAAGAGAACAGGAUCAGAUUUCCACAUUGUACAUAAAUAAGCAUGUUCAGAAAAAAGGUCUAGAAAGCAAAGGAAAGGCCAUUGUUCUCAGAUCUAGCAGUUUAUUAAGCUCCUCUAAAUUAAACACUAAUAGGUAUUCAAUAAUGUAGAAAUCUAAUAUAAGAUGUUCCAGAUAAAAGCAAGUGUAGUAAUGGGAAGUAAAUUCUGGCACAAAACAUAAAAAUAUUUAUAACAGAAAUAAUGUAAAAUGACCUUCUUAUUUCUAAAGCUAUUUUAUAUUGCUUUUCAAUAAAAAGAGUAUCAUGGUUAGUACAUUUCCCAUAAAUUAAGGGGUGGGGUGGGAGAUAUAUGUACCUAUAUGUAAAAAAUAGGUUAGCUAAAUCAUUGCUAUAAUAUAGCAAAGAACAUUUUUUUUUCUGUGAAAUAAUGAAAUGGCUCAAGAAAUUUAGCCCAUUAGGAAACUUCCAAAUAAGAAAUUCUGCUAUCUAUUAAAAAUUCAGUUAUCUUUGGCUGAA